AGUGAAAAGUUGAAAACUUGAAAGCACGAUUAAAAUUUUAGGUUAAGUAAGAAAUCACUUCACGUGUUAUAAUUUGUGUAUUUUAUUGUUAUAAAAACAAUAAAAAUGGUGCGGCAUAAUAACCAGUUACCCAACAAUCUAACCCAACUCCAAAAUCUAAUAAAAAGGGAUCGCGACUCAUAUAAAGAUGAGUUUCGUCAGCAGCUUGCUCAUUUUGAAACGACAUUGGAAAUAUUUAAUUUAAACCCCACGGAAUAUAAUAAAAAAUUAGACGAGCAGGCAAUGUUUUUGGCGCAAGUAACACAGUGCUACCAGGAUGAUAUGAAGCAAUUCCCACAAAAAAUUGUGGACAUUUUAAAAACUCACAACACAACAAUGCAUAAUGAAAUGAGACUCUCACUGUGUAAGUGUUUAAUAUUACUUCGAAAUAAAAAUUUCAUCACCGCUUUUGAUUUGCUGGAGUUGUUUUUUUCAUUGAUAAAAUGUCAAGACAAAAACCUCAGGGAAUACCUGAAGACACACAUUAUAAGUGACAUUAAACACAUGAACAUGAAACACAAGGAUAUGAAACUGAACUCUACCCUUCAAAACUUUAUUUAUACCAUGUUACGUGACUCAAAUACAAAAACAGCAAAACUUGCAGUUGAUAUUCUAAUUGAGCUUUAUCAUAAAAAUAUAUGGAAUGAUCACAAAACUGUUAACAUAAUUGCUGAUGUGGGAUGUUUCUCUAAGGUUACUAAAGUAAUGGUUGCUUCAUUGAAGUUUUUCUUAAGCAGAGAGGAAGAAGAAAAACCUGAUUCUGAUAGCGAUGACGAAAUUGAUCCAAAAGAUACCAUGAUUGCAAACAAAUUCAACAAGAAAACUAGAAAAAGAGAUAAAAUGGUUGAGAAAGUCAAAAAAAUAGCCAAAAAAAAUAAAAAAAAGAAACAGAAAGCUCCUAUAUUUAACUUCUCUGCAUUACAUUUAAUUAAUAAUCCACAAGGAUUUGCUGAAAAAUUAUUCAAACAAAUGGAAUCCUCAAAUGAAAGAUUUGAAGUAAAGUUGAUGGCCUUAGAUGUGGUUUCAAGGUUGAUAGGGUUACAUAAUCUGUUUUUAUUUAACUACUAUCCAUUUAUAGCCCGUCUAAUAAUGCCACAUCAAAGGGAAGUCACUCGUAUACUACAAUUUGCAGCACAAUCAGUGCACGAAUUAGUUCCUCCUGAAGUAGUUGAACCAGUUAUGAAAGCUAUUGCUAAUAAUUUCAUCACAGAAAGAAAUUCCACCGAUGUCAUGGCAGUUGGCUUAAAUGCAGUUCGAGAGAUCUGUGCACGAUGCCCUUUGGCUAUUGAUGAAGAUUUAUUACGAGAUUUAGUCCAAUAUAAAGCAUACAAGGAAAAAUCUGUCAUGAUGGCUGCAAGGUCUCUCAUUCAGUUGUAUAGACAAUCCAUGCCUACUCUUUUACACAAAAAAGAUCGUGGAAGGCCAUCAGAAGCAACAGCCGAACUUAAAGUAAAAAAAUAUGGUGAGGUGGAUGCAAAAGAUUAUGUGCCUGGUUCAGAAGUGCUUUUAGAAAAGGAAGAGGUAAAAAAUAAGAAUAGUAAAAAAGUAAAUAAUAAAAGUAAAAACAAGUCAAAUGAUUCUGAUGAUGAGUGGAUUGAUGUAGGGUCAUCUGAUUCAGAAAUAAAUAUUUCAACAGAUAGUGAAAAUGAAGAUGAUGAAAAUAAUGCUGAGUUAGAAGAGGAACAAACAGAUGAGGAUACAGAUGGUGACGAUGAUGAAGAGGUAAACUCUGAAGAAGUAAAUGAUAAUAGUGAAAACACCAAUGAAGCUGAACCUGUAAUAAAAGAUGAUGCUAAACCAAGGAAAAUCCUAAAAGCCAAGAAACCUAAACAAAAUAUAGAAGAAAAAAUAAAAGUAGCACGGGAGAUUGCGAUGGAUAAAAUAUUUACUGAUGAAGAUUUCAAACGUAUUGAGGCAGCCCAGAUAAAAAAAUCUAUAACUGGAGUGAAACGUAAUAGAAGUGUAGUAGAGGAAGAAGAAGAAUCUACUGAAUUGGUGCAGCUGUCUGCUAUUGAAAACAUUCAUAAAAAGCGAAAGCAUGACAAAAAUGCUAGACUUGAAACAGUGCUUAAAGGCAGGGAAGAAAGAGACAAAUUUGGUUAUAAAGACCGUAGAAAAAAUGCUAAUUGCUCUAAAACUAAUAGAGAAAAACGUAAGACCAAGUCAUACCAGAUGGUAAAACAUAAAGCAAGAGGUAAAGUUAAGAGAUCUUUUAAAGAAAAACAAAUAGCAUUCAGGAAUUAUUUAAUCAAACAGAAGAAAAUGCGUUAAAUACUAAGCUUGUUUGUUAGUUUUAAAACUUAUAAUAAAGUAACAUUUUAAAUUA